AUGAAUUUUUCUCCUUAUUUGAAUCAGAUAUUUAAUGUUGCUACUGACAACAUUACUGACGAUCUGACAAAAUGGAGGAACUUUUGCUUCACACAAGUUGUUAGGAUAAAAGACCUUGAAUUACAAACUAAGAUGCAUUCAUCAGUGCAAUCGCAAAAAAUACAACCAUUAAAAUCAAAAUAUAACGAAAUAUUACAACAAUUAGAGUCAAAAAAUAAUGAGUAUCAAGAAGUUUGCAACAAUUUAGAAUCUGCUCAAAAGAAAAAAGACGAAUCAACUAAAAAACUUUCGAAUGCUACAACGAGAAAGAGUGAGAUACAGCGAAAAAAGAUAUUUUUCAAUCAAUUUCCUGAACAAUUCAGCCAAAGAUUAGAGAUAUCAAAACAGCAUUUAGAUUACGAUAUUAAAGAGUUAUUCGAGAAAUCUAAUAAGUCACUUAAUACAGCUGAAACUAAAUUAGACUCAUUGAUUCAAAAAAUCCAAUCAAUCACAGAACCAAGUUUGGAAACGGAAGGCGUACAACUAAAAUAUGAAGUAAAGAAAGCAAACCUAGAGCAGUUAGCAACAAACUUAGCAAUUAAAUUUAAUGAAAUGCAAUUUCCUGAAUGCAAGGUUGAAUUAUUACCAAUGCUGCAUCAAUAUCAAGAACUUAGAUCGAUUGAUAAAGACAUAGAAGUAGCCAAUCGCGAAAACAUUAAAAUUGAAGAAGCCAUUAACUCAGCAUCAUUAGAAAGUUAUGAAAUAAAUAUUCAAACACUUCAAAAUCAAAUCUCUCAAGAAGCUCAAAGGCAAAAAGCAGAAAUAGAAUUUCUAAAGUCCCAAUAUGAUCUAACAGACAUUCAAGCAGAAAUUGAUCAGUGCCAGCUCGAAAUAUCAGAUUUAGAACAUAAGCUUGAAGAAGAGAAUAAGAACAUAAGCGUUCUUCAAACAGAAAAGAAAUGCGCAAUAGAAAAUGCUAAUAAAAAAUCUUUAGAAAAUGAAGAGAUAAUUAAGCAAUUAACCAAGGAAUUAAAUGAAUUGUCCUCUCGAGUUCCCAAACAUUCAUAUGACACUAAAGAGGGAGAGGUUAAUACAAUUUAUAAUGGUCCUUGGUUCAAUUUUUAA